AGUCCCCCGGAGCCGGCCUUCCAAGGCGCGGCGGGGGAGGAGGCCUGGGCCUGUGGGCCGGAAGCAGCUGAGAAGCCGCGGGCAGCGGGCGGGAGGGAGCACAGGCCCCGGGCCAGGCGCGGGUGGCGGCGCGAGAAGGGCAGGCAAGCCCUGCGCUCUCUCCCGAUGGCCGGGAGCGGGCCGUGGAGGCGGCGGCGGCGCUGACAGGCCCGGCCCGGGGCGGGGCGGGGCAGCUGGGGUCCUAGGGCCCAAGGGGAAGAUGAGCGCGCUCUUAGAGCAGAAGGAGCAGCAGGAGAGGCUGCGGGAGGCCGCGGCCUUGGGGGACAUUCGGGAGGUGCAGAAACUGGUGGAGAGCGGGGUAGAUGUGAACUCCCAAAAUGAGGUCAACGGUUGGACCUGUUUACACUGGGCAUGUAAACGCAACCAUGGUCAGGUGGUCUCUUACCUGUUAAAAUCAGGAGCUGACAAAGAGAUUCUUACCACAAAAGGAGAAAUGCCAGUGCAAUUAACAUCAAGGAGAGAAAUCAGGAAGAUUAUGGGAGUGGAAGAAGAUGAUGAUGAUGAUGACAACCUCCCCCAAAUGAAGAAGGAGUCAGAAUUGUCCUUUGUUCCCAACUAUUUGGCCAACCCAGCCUUCCCUUUUCUGUAUAACCCUGAAGCAGAGGAUUCAGCCCAGCUGCAGAAUGGGGGACCCGCCACACCUCCAGCGUCACUCCCUACAGAUGGAUCACCUCCAUUGCUACCCCCUGGAGAGCACCCUCUGCUUGGGUCCUUUUCCCGGGACCACACUUCUUUGGCACUGGUUCAGAAUGGUGAUGUGUCUGCCCCCUCUGCCAUACUCAGAACACCAGAAAGCACAAAACCAGGUCCUGUUUGUCAACCACCAGUGAGUCAGAGCCGGUCCCUGUUCUCUUCUGUCCAGUCCAAGCCACCAGUAUCUCUGGAGCCUCAAAACGGCACAUAUGCAGGACCAGCGCCAGCAUUCCAGCCAUUUUUCUUUACCGGAGCAUUUCCAUUUAAUAUGCAAGAGUUAGUACUCAAGGUGAGGAUUCAGAACUCAUCUCUUCGAGAAAAUGAUUUCAUUGAAAUUGAACUGGACCGACAGGAGCUUACCUACCAAGAACUGCUCAGAGUGAGUUGCUGUGAGCUGGGCGUUAAUCCAGAUCAGGUGGAGAAGAUCAGAAAAUUACCCAAUACUCUGUUAAGAAAGGACAAAGAUGUUGCUCGACUCCAAGAUUUCCAGGAGCUGGAACUGGUUCUAAUGAUAAGUGAAAAUAAUUUUCUAUUCAGAAAUGCUGCAUCUACACUGACUGAAAGACCUUGCUACAACAGGAGAGCUUCAAAACUGACAUACUAAUGCAGUAUUACGACAAUGUGUGUCACCUCUGGGCCAAGGACAAGCCAUUGAUCCAAAAGCCUUGAAUGCCCAUAAGGACCUCCGGUGCCACUGCAAAGUGUACACUAAUAUCUUCCUGCCAAGGCAGGAAGCCCCUGGCCCCCAGCAGCGGUGCCACUCUUCCAAGCCUCUUGGUGCACAAUAAACCUAUCGCUGAAGCUUUGAACAGCUGAGAAGUGGUCUAGAGAGGCAGAAGCCAGAGGUUCUAUAUCUAGUGUUUUAUGUGCAGAAUGUAAGAGAGCUGUUGAAGCAGAAACCAAUAGAGAGCAGAGCCCGUUUGUAGCCACUCCUGUUGACAGUGCACCUAAUGGGCUGGUGCAGUUUUUCUUGGUGUUACAUGCUCUUGACUCUCCUGAAAUUGUAAACUGACUAGAGAGGAAAACGGGGAAAGCACAGGCACUGGACAAAGGGAUUUUAGUGUGACUUAUGGCUGUGAGGUUUCAUAGAACAUAUUUAUAAAUGGUACUCAGGUUAAAAGUAUUUAAGAAUACAGUUACUUAAUUGUAAAUAGGCUGUUAACCAAAAGAGCUUCCCCUCCCCCACUUUCCUUUGUGAGCACAUACUGCAUUUCCUCCCCUUCACAGUCACUAGAGGGCUCUCUGACGCUUUCUAAAGAGCUACUGCAUUUUUACUCUGAGGUGACUCCUAUCAUUUAUGCACCAUUGGAGAAGAGCACAAACAUUGCUGGUCCAUGUUCUCCACUGUCAUUUUCCACUAGAAAUGAAGCAAUUUUUGAGCCUGAACCUCUUGCUAUUUUAAAGGUUAUUGUGGAAAAAUGAACUAAAGGAGUUAGCAUCUUUAUUUUUGUAUCAAAGAUAAAGGUUAUUUUGAAAUUAUUAGGAUUUUUAUGCAACUCUGAAAUCUAUAAACAAAUUGUUUGAUCUUAGGGAUCCCCCUGCUACCACUACCAAUCCACUCAACAGUCAGUUGCGAGUCUACCAGACUUAAACAAAAAUAGAACACCUGAUUAAACUCUUGAGCAUGGAAUAAGGAUAUUGUUCAAGAAUGCAUUCAAGGAUUCUUUUCCUUUUCCUCAGUGUCAUUAAUGUUAAAAGAAAAGUCGUUGUCUUGUUGAAAUGAACAGCUUAACUUUAGAAAUAGGAGCUAGCCCAUGCAGACCAACAGGAGAGCGGGGUUUGAAGCCAGCUGUUGAAGAGCAUCCCUGCUGUCUUAAGAAGCUUUCUCCCAUAGUGCCUAGAGUUUCCAAAGAAACUUAACUUCCUGACUGUGUUAAUCUUAUUCGAACACUAAAAUUGAGUGAGAACCUGCAGAAGAUGUCAGUGGAAGAGAAGUUGUGCUAAGAUAAUGGCCUCCUGCUGCUGCCUGAAUGCUGAAAUGAGGUUGAGAUGUUCUUCAAGAUCAACUUCAUGGAGUCACUCUGCUUAGUGACUUAAUUAUAUCCCCCCAACUACAGCUGGUGACUUACUCAUGCCUGUAGAGUUUGCAUAGCAGAGUAAAGGUUGCUUAUCACCCCCUUUCUCUCAAGUGCUUUAAAGAAGAAACCUCCUUUGUGUUUCAACCUAUCAGAAACUACUUUAUCUAGAUGUAAUAACCUUUUUUCUUUACUUUGAAAAAAGCUUAAUUCACUGAUACAAUUAAGUGUGGUUCUAUCCUUAAAGGAAUAAAUUCAGUAUUAAUUCAUGCCUAAAUUACUGGGGUUAAAACUUUCAGCCACUCAGAUUAACUAGAGGCUUUCAGUAGUAGAGGCCCCUGGCUGGGAAGUGACCCACAGAGGGGUGCUCCAGGGCAUUUCACAGGCUCAGAAGCAGAGGGACCAAAGGUGUUGGUGUCCCAAGUGGGAGGUGGAUUUCAUAUGGCUCUGCCAUGUUCUGGUCCCUCUUUUCCUUCAUAAAAUCCUCUGUGGUCAUUGCCUCUGGCAGUGGGAUAAGACUGCACAGUUGCUGGUAGAUGAGUUUAAUGUCUUAAUCUAUGCAUUCAGAGAAAUAUUUUUAUAUGCUUUGUGUAAUUUAUAACAAGGUUUUUUUUAGCGUUAACUGAAUUCACCCCUCCUCUGCAUAUUUAAAGCAUGUGUUCACACUGUAUGUAAACAUUCAUAGAAGAUUCUUUGUGCAUCACUGACUCUUCAAACAUA